AUGACCAGGAAACUACAAAACCCAAUACAAGAGGAUGGCAAGACCAGAAAAAGGGUUCUGAAACCAGUUGUGGAAAAGAAGAGGAGGGACAGAAUAAAUCAAAGUCUGGCUGAACUGAGAAGUUUGCUGUUGAAUUACACGUCUGAUCCACGGCUGCAGAAUCCUAAAAUAGAGAAAGCAGAGAUUCUUGACUUGGCUGUGGAGUAUCUGCAGAAGUGGACAGAUGGGAAGAAUCUGAGAAAGGACUCUGCUAGUAGUCACACAAAGACUCCUGCUCCUGUGGUGAGUCUUCAUCACUUUGAGUCCAACGCUCCUGCUCUCUUCACCAUAGAGAGUGCAGGAUUUCAGCAGUGUGUGGCCCAGCUGACCAGCUACAUGCACAAAAUAACACCGACACAGAGAUCGAGCCUGAUGGAGGGGCUGAAACAUCACACACAGAGCCAGCAUGCAAACAAACCAGACUUCAGCCAAAGAGUGCCUGAGACUGAGGCGGCUGAAGGACCAGAUGGAGUAUCUCUGGAUACCGUAUGCACCUCUGAGAUGAAAGAUGAGCCUCCCAAGUUACCAUCUUUCUCCCCAUUCCAGCCUCAGUCCUGCUCCACACCGUGCCACGACUAUCUGUCCCCUCCUCCCUCCCCCUGGUUUUCUCCUUCCUUCUCCACAUAUGCCACCUCUCCUCCUUUCCCGUCAUUUGCCUCUCACUUCUCCUUCCCCCCCAGCCUGUCACCUCUGUCCUCCAACACCUCCUUCUUUAGUUUCUCACCCACAGCCCCUCACUCAGGCCCUCCUGCCCUCCACUGCCCCCCUCUCAUCUCACUGAGAUCCCCUCCACACCCUGCACCCAGGGAGGGGUCACCACCAAACUCCUCUUCAGCUAUGUGGAGACCUUGGUUUUGA